AUGAACGGCUACGCUUUAAUGCGCAAGAUCGUGCGCAACGAUGCGAUCAAAUCCGAUCCUCCCGAAGUCUACAAUUGGCGCGCGUUUGCGCUUGCUGCUGCUGCCUGUUUUGGAGGAACCCUUUUUGGCAUGGACACUGGAAUCAUCAGCGGGGUUUUGACGUUACCCGAUUUCAAGCAAGAGUUCGGCCUUAGUAACCUCGACUCCGUCGCUCGCGCAAACCUAUCCGCCAACCUGGUCACAACUGUACAAGCCGGCGCUAUUGCAGGUGCACUUGGUGCACUACCAUUUGCAGAGAAACUCGGUCGAAAGAAGAGCUUGCUGAUUGUGGCGGUGGUUGCGUUUAUUGGGCCAUUAUUCCAGACGUUUGCAUAUGGGCAUUAUGCUCCCUUUUAUAUUGGGCGGUUUAUAGAAGGACUGGGGCUAGGAGGUGCGACGAUGCUGGCUCCGACAUAUGUUUCCGAGAAUGCUCCUAGAGGUAUUCGUGGUCUUUUGAUUGGAUUUUAUCAAUUGUUUGAGACGAUGGGCGCCAUGAUUGCAUUUUUUAUUGAUUAUGGUUCACUCCUACACAUCCCCGUUCGCAUUCCCCUACCUACCUACAGUUUGGUGCAUCAACUGAUGGAUGAACAGGGCCACGCAUCAUGGAUGGUCCCCUUGGCAAUGCAAGCCCUCCCUCCGAUCCUAAUAUUCGGCAGCAUCCUGUUUUGUCCCGAAUCUCCACGAUGGCUUGCAAGUCAAGACAACUGGGAAGAAACGACAAAGGUCCUUGUCAAAGUCCGCCACCUCCCGUCUGACCACCCUUAUAUCCAGCAAGAAUUACUUGAACUCCGCACAGCACUAGAAGAGGAGCGUCGUUCAGCAGGUGGCAAUGGCUUCUGGGCUCUGCAAAAGGAGUGUUGGCUGAUUCCCGGCAAUCGGAAUCGAGCUUUAAUUUCGAUCGGAUUGAUGGUUUGCCAGCAGUGGACCGGCACAAACGCAAUAAACUACUACGCUCCUACAAUCUUCACUUCCCUCGGCAUAACCGGCGAAUCCAAUAGCCUCCUCGCUACUGGCGUAUACGGAAUCGUCAAAAUGGUUUCCUGCGGCAUCUUCAUCACCUUCCUCGCUGACAGCCUCGGUCGUCGCUGGUCGCUCGUCUGGACUGCCUUUGCAAUGUGGAUAUUUAUGUUCUACCUAGGCUUUUACGUCAGGUUCGACGCACCCGAAGCCGGUGCCGCGAUCUCAUCGGCUGGGUAUGCCGCGUUGGUAAUGGUAUACUUCUUCGCGGCUGCGUUCCAAUUUGGUUGGGGGCCUGUGUGCUGGAUUUAUGUCAGCGAGAUUCCGUCAAAUCGGUUGAGGGGACUGAAUGUAUCGCUUGCUGCGGCGAGUCAGUGGUUGUUUAACCUCGUAGUGUCGCGGGUUACGCCUGUUAUGUUGGUUACCGUUGGGGGGAAGACGGGGUACGGGACGUAUUUUAUUUAUGGGUCUUUUUGUUUCACGAUGGGCUGUUUGGCGUUCUUUCUGCCGGAGACGAAGGGUAUUUCGCUCGAGCGAAUGGACGAGUUGUUUGGUGUUGCGGACUUCUCGGCGAUUGAUAACCUCGAGCUGGGGAAGAAAGAGGCAGUAAUUGAGAGUGUUCACAUUGAGAACUAG